AUGGCUAAUUUUUCCAUAGAAAUCGACUCCGAUUCUCAGUUCAGUUAUCCGACAGUACUCCCUGGUGUGCGCAGACGACUCGACGAUGAACUUGACGCUAAUGGAAUUCCAUGGAUGCGAGUGUCGCGUGAAGGUUAUCUACCCAUCGAUCCGAUACAAGACGUGAAAGCACAAAAUGUGAUGGAUAUUCGAGAAACCGGUGAAUUCAUACAGAACAUACCUUCAAAUAGAUAUAAAAAGCUAAAGCCUCUAUGGUUAUAUGCGGAAAUAUGGGAGCAUCACGUCGGUAGAGGAGAAGUAACUAAUGUCUCGGAUAGCUUAAGUAAUUUAAUUAAAGGAAGAGGCAUUUAUGACAAUCGAAAUUCACGAAAUUCGGGUAACGAUGACUGUGGUCAUAUUGUUGCCGCAUCUUUAGGUGGCAAAAUGGUAGACAUAAACCUGUUCCCACAAAACCAGUGUCUUAAUCGUGGAUGGAAAGACAACUACUCUAUUUGGCGCUUGAUCGAAGCGUGCAUAAAACUGUGGGUUACUGGAAUACCAGAGAAAUACCGCCCAAGAGUCAAAUUUCAAAUGUUGCUCUACUACAACAACCCGAAGUAUCCUGACCGUCCUGAUCAGUUUAAGUACAUGGUUCAGUUUCUAAUGGAUGACGAUUCGAGUAGCGACGAAGACAAUGACGACGACGAAAAAAUAUACUUGUCACAUGUAUUGUAUAACAUUGCAGAAAUCUCUUUGCAGUGUAGGAACAAAGAAGCAGAAACAUUAAAAGCGAGAAUUAAGACGAUGAUUGUCCAAAUGUCAUACAGAUGCAAAGCGAACGUUGCUGAGUUUCUCCGGGAAUUGUCUGAAAUAAUUCCAAAAAUAGAGCAUCCAAGAUCACAGCCUUUCUCAGGUACGCCGACGGUAUCACCUACACCUGUUCGUGAUAGAAAAAUAUCUGUUUGGGAUUUUGUACCGGUGCUGGGUUCCGUGAAAACGAUAGCUGAAGGAUGCGAAGACGUAGCCGAUGGAAACGUCGGCAGUGCAGCAGCAAACUUCAUAAUUGGCAGCAUUAGUUUGGGACUUGAUGUAUUGACGGUGGGAUCGUGUUCUACCGCAAUGAGAGGCAUCGGAAAAAUGGUCGCAAAGGAAACAGCAAAAGGAGCAGCGCGAACAGCGACAACGAAAUUAAUUGAGAAAACAGGCGAAGCUGCAGUGAAAACCGUUGCGUCUUAUACUGCUUCCAGUGUGUUAAAAGCUGCAAACAGUGAUAGCCAAUCUUGA